GUUCAGGAUCCAGCUUCUCCUCCUACGGGGUAUCUCCCCCAAGCGCCGCCUGUGGGCCGAGCUCCUUCUGGCGACCACAGCCACGGCCACGAUCAGGGGCGCGGGCGGGGCCGAGGACGGCCGAACCGGGCCCAGUCGGACCUGACUCAGGGCGGAGCCGGAGGUUCAGGCCGAGAGGCGGCGCUACCGGGCCCGCUGCUGCCGCCGCGGGAGAACCCACCUCUGGCGGACUGCCGAUCAGGAUGCGGGUGUCCCCCGCCCGGCCCCGCCCGGGCCGCGAGCAGCCUCCUGCUCCUGCCUCUGUCCCUGCUCCCGCCUCCGACUGGGCCGCGCCCUGCCCUGCGCUGCGGGUCCAGGUGUUAGUCCUGCUGAUGAGCUGCGCCUCAGCUAGAGCCUGGAGUGGAUCCCGGCUCGGACGCGUGCCGUACUCCGUGCCCAGGAUCUCGCUGACAGCCUCGGAGGCGGACCCUUUCCUCACCCGGUUCUCUGCCCCUCCGACCCAAAAUUACUCUAUCCUUCUUGUGGAUCCUGUUUCCAACACCCUUUAUGUCGGUGCCCGGGAUGCCAUUUUUGCUCUUCCCCUGCCUCUCACAGAGGGGAGAGCCCAAAAGAUUGACUGGCCAGUGCCUGAGGCCCACAGACAGAGUUGCCGAAAGAAGGGCAAGAAGGAGGCCGACUGUCAUAACUACAUUCGAAUCCUUGUCAUGGCCAAUGCCUCUCACCUUCUCACGUGCGGUACCUUUGCCUUCGAUCCACAGUGUGGGAUCAUUGAUGUAUCCAGUUUCCAUCAGGUUGAAAGGCUAGAAAGUGGCCGAGGGAAAUGCCCUUUUGAGCCAACCCAGCGGUCGGCUGCUGUAAUGACUGGGGGUGUCCUAUAUGCUGCCAGCAUGAAUAAUUUUCUGGGGACAGAGCCAAUUAUCUCUCGGGCCAUAGGCCCAGCUGAGGAGCGGAUCCGGACAGAGAUCACACCAGCCUGGCUAAAUGCUCCAAAGUUUGUGGCAGCAGUGUCUCUGAGUCCAACGGACUGGGGAGAGGAGGAUGGAGAUACUGAAAUUUAUUUCUUCUUCACGGAGACGGCUCGAGACUCUGACAUUUACCAGCCAAUAAAGGUCCCACGUGUGGCUCGUGUCUGUGCGGGAGACCUUGGGGGUCUGAAGACCCUCCAACGGAGGUGGACAACAUUUCUGAAAGCUGAGUUGCUAUGUCCAGGACCCACACAUGGCCGAACUUCUAGCAUCCUGCAGGAUGUGACCACUCUACGACUGAAGCCUGGCACAGGGGUCCCCCUCUUCUAUGGGGUCUUCUCCUCCCAGUGGGAUGGCGUUUCCAUUUCUGCUGUCUGUGCUUUCCAUCCCCGUGACAUCCGGGCAUCCAUGAGUGGCCCUUUCAGGGAGUUCAAGCAUGAUUGCAAUAGGGGAAUGCCUGUGAUGGACAGUGAUGUCCCCCAGCCCAGGCCUGGAAUGUGCAUUACCAAUGAAAUGAAGCUGCUGCGUUUCGGCUCAUCGCUUUCCCUGCCUGACCGAGUUCUCACCUUUGUACGGGACCACCCUCUUAUGGACCAGCCCGUUUCCCCUGCUGAUGGCCAUCCCUUGCUGGUUACCUCCAACACGGUCUAUCACCGGGUUGCAGCCCACAGAGUGACAAGCUUGUUGGGAGAAGAGUAUGAUGUACUCUACCUGGGGACAGGGGAUGGACACCUGCACCGAGCAGUACGGAUUGGCUCACAGCUCAGCAUCCUUGAGGACCUGACCUUAUUCCUGGAGCCUCAACCAGUUGAAACUCUCCAGCUGCAUGAUGGUUGGCUCCUGAUUGGCUCUGGCUCUGAGGUGACACAGGUAAACAUCACAGACUGUGGCCGUCUGCCGAACUGCAGAGAGUGCAUCCUAGCCCGAGACCCAGCCUGUGCUUGGAGCUCCCGGCUUAAGGCUUGUGUUACCCAUACUGGGGCAGGCGAGGGGCUGCUUCAAGACAUUGAGUUGGGGAAUGCAUCCUCUCUUUGCCCCAAGGAGCCUGGAGCACUUCCUCUCAUUCUCGAAGUUCCUGUGGUCCCAGCUGCCCAUGUGGUCUUGCCAUGCUCCCCACGAUCAGCUUGGGCAACCUGUGUGUGGCACCGGCCAGGGGGUCUCAUAGAGGAUGCUGUGAUUCCUCGGCUGGAUGGGCUGGAGGUGUUGGUGACACAGGGCGCCCUGGGAACCUAUGCCUGUGAAUGCCAGGAGGGGGGCACUACUCAAGUAGUGGCUACUUACCACUUGUUUUGGGGGGAGCCCCAGGGCCGUGGCCGAAUCGUGGGCUCUGGGCUGGCCGGCUUUAUCCUGGGGGCAGUGGCUUCUACUCUGAUCUUGCUCCUGCUUGGCCGACAGCGUCAGCGACAUCGCCAGCAAGAGCUCUUGGCGAGAAACAAGGUGGGGUUGGACUUGGGAGCCCCUCAGUCCGGCACCACAAGCUGCAGCCAUGACCCCCCUUCCCCAUCACCUUCCCCAGAAGAUGAGCGGCUCCCAUUGGCCUUGGCUGUGGCCAAAAGGGGCAGUAGCCUCAACGGCUUUCCUCCAUCCUUCUUACGGGACUCCCACACAGGCCCAAACCAAGCUCACAUUUUGCUGACCACAGCGCCACUGGCCACAUGUGAUGAGACAUCCAUCUAGAGAUGUGCUAACUGAGUGACUACUUGGAUCAAGAGACUGUUGGGGCCUGGCUUGGGUGACUGCUGGGCUAUGUCAUUAGGUUACUUGGGACCCAAGUAACCACCAGGCCCGAGUGACCACUGGGGACUGAAUAAUCCCUAGUCACAGCUGCCAGCUGGGGUCAGUUCAGCAUGAAAUAGUGAAAGGAGCACUGAAUGUCACUGGAAGACUUGGGUUUGAGUAUCUACUCAGCUACGCCUUCCCUGGAUGAUCUAGGGCAAGUCAUUUCCCCCUUCUAGGCUUUCCUCCUUUAUGAUGGUGGUGGAGGGCAGGCCAGCUGGCUUUUAAUGUGUCUUCCAGCUCUGAUAUUCAGUGAGUCUGAUCCUAUGAUCCCCAGGGACCACUGAUAUUGAGAAGUCUGCAGGUGUCUCGAGCGCAUCUGACAGCAUCCAUCAAGGGAGGGUAUGAAUGUAUUCACUCUGUCCCUCGACCUGAUCCCUGAUCCUGGAAUCUGUAGGUUUUUGUCUUUCCUAGGAAGGGGAUGGUGGACAUAGGAGCUUUCUGUGACCUCAGUGGCCCAGGCUUUGCGUAAGUGCCAGAUCAGGGCCCUGAGGUCGGGCACCAGGAAGAAGGAGCUGUCCCUGAGAGGUGUGAGUAAAAUACUGAGGGAGGGAGAUGCUUAUUUCUAGGCAGGGUGCUAUCUGCCUCCCUGGUGGAGGGUAUCCCUAUGUGCUAAGACAUGGGGGCUCUGAGAGUCUGGUCCCUGGUAUGCUUCCUAGACCAUACAUAUGUGUUUGAGAAUGCAUGGAAGAGCCUGGCUAUGUGUGUCUGCCUGGCAUAUGUGGAUGUAUGUGUUCGUGUGCUUAAGGAGAUGUCUGCAUAACUCCGGGCUCUGCCCCCCUGCCUCUACUAUGUUACCUCUGGGCUGAUUUCCCCAGCCCACUGUGCUUGGGAAGCUAGUGGCUGGCAGCUGUUCUGGGGGUGGGGUGGGCAACCUUUGUGUCCGCUUAGUUUCAUGUUUUUUUUUUAAACCUCCUGUGUGUAUGACUGUGGUGACCUGCUGACCCCUGGUGGGGAAGGGAAUGGGGUAGGGAUGUGGGCGAAUAUGAAUGAAGGGGGAACUGGGAGUGAGGGUGGGAUUAUGGGAACAUGGAGACACACAAGGAAAGCAGAGGACUGGAGACAGGAAAGUGCUAGAAAUCUGAGGAUGAGAUUUGGAGGCAGAGGGUUUGGAGCUUGAUUUGAAUCUCACCUCUGGGGGAGUCAAGCCUCCUUUGUGCUUCAAUUGCUUCAUCUGUAAAAUAUGGGGGUAUUGGAUUCAUUGACCUCUAAGGUAAUUUCCAGCUCUGUGAUAUGGAGGAAGGGGAUAAGGGGAAUGAACUGGCAAUCUAGGGAUGAGAGAAGGAGAGGAAGAAGGAGGGAUGGGGACGGGGGGGGGGGAAUAG